AGCCAUGGAAACAGACAGCUGACUGAAUACUAGCUAGCUAUUCCAAACAUCUUCAAAACCGUUUGUAAUCUAGCUACUUCCUGCUUUCAGUGAGGAAUUGUGGGACUUGGUCAUACCACGGCAGCCAUGGAAACAGACAGCUGACUGAAUACAUUUUUCCUAUGGCAAGAUUUUGUUUAGAAGCUAACUAACUAGCUAGUUGACGAGAUAAGGUAAACUAGCUACAUGCACUUAAACUCAUGUUAUUAUUAGCUAGCUACCACCUCCCUACAAUAACGACGAUACAGGUUUUCUAACUGUAUAGGCAAUUUAGCUAGCUGGCAAACUAUAGUAACUACUAUAGCCAGUAACGUAAACUGGUUUACGCUAGCUAACGUUAUUGCUAACUUAGCAAGUUAGGGGGGCUAGAUAAGCUCAACCAUGUUCCACGGGGAACGGGCUCCUCUUUCAACGGGUGGAGCCGGUCCACUCCCCGUUAACCGCACGAGGUCAUACGGCAGUCUUGUACAAUCCAACCUUUCUCCGGUACGACAAAGACGAAUUGAACACCAAGUUCAGCCAGGAGAGACGUUGCAAGGACUCGCGUUGAAAUAUGGAGUAUCUAUGGAACAAAUCAAAAGAGCAAAUAGACUGUACACGAAUGACUCAAUAUUCCUAAAGAAGUAUCUUUCUAUCCCUGUGCUGUCAGACUACAACAGUGAUGCUAAUAUUGGGGUAGAUGUGACUGAGGAGGACUCAGGCAAGGUAAAGGACAGUAUAAGUAAAAACGUCUCUACUCAAAAUGGGAAGCCAGUGAACAAUUCUGAAAAGACACAAGAAGAAGGUACAUCAGAACUUUCUCCAAUGAAUUUCUUGAAAAGGAUGGAUCAUAUGAUCAGCCAGACCAAGCAAGCAGCUGUGAAAAGAUGCCAAGAGGGAGAGAAAAGUUUGACAUCUUUGGAAGCAGCUUGUACCAGCAAGACAACAGACCGUCGAUUUACAAGGUCAAACAGUGCCACGGUCGUCACCUCUCCCAGAAUGCAUCAGCAAGCCAUACUUGGUGCAGUGCCCCUCACCAUCACCAAAUGCACCAAUAAACUGUGAGAAAGAGAGGAUGAGAUCUUUGAGUUGUGAUUUCAUUGCCUCUGUCAGGCAGAUCAUGGGACACGUGGUACUAAUACAAAAAUCAAAGGGAUAGACGUCCAUGCUAAUCUGGCAUUACAGAUUUAGGAGAGUUCUUAUUUUCACUGAUGAGUAAUUUGCUGCUCUAUGGACUUGGUAGUUGAAAGUUGGUAGUUAGCACUGUUGAUAUAAUUGUUUUGCUGAUAGCGUGAGUUUCAUUUUGACAUAAGAAUACUUCUUAUUAGGCAAGUAAUUAACUACUACCAAGUUAUUUAAAGUUUUAGUACAUAGAUUAAAUAUUAUAUAUUUGCCAUGUCCAGAACAGCACUGUCUGGUUGUAUGUUUACUACACAAAAUGAGAGUCAGAAUGUGGUACUUUGACUUGUGUUUAUAUGUUAGUGUGAUCAUGUAACUAUCCAAGUUAUGCUUGGCCACAGGCGCUAGAUCAUUUGUGUUAUGCUACCUUGUAGUGUCUUAUGUAUGCAAUGUCAGAAAUGUGAAAAAAAUGCAAGUCUUGGAGAACAAUAGAAGUUGACUCUGAAAAAUGUAUUUAUUAUUGAAACCAAUGUGAGUUGGUAUAGCCUAGUCUUCAUUGGGUGUUUGUUACAAUUAUGCAAUAAUGUACAUAUUUAUUUUUAGAAGAAUACUGAGCACUGCACUUUCAUUUUCUAAUCCUGGCACUAGGUUGUAGUAAGUGGUAAGGUUGCCUUGGUAUUUCAUUUAAUUUUGCCAACCAACUGUAUUGUUACAGUACUGAAUUGGCUAUACUCAAUCAAAGUGAGGAACUUGUUGUUUCUCCUUGCUAUUUCAACGAAAGACAAAACGAUAUUCCUCUGGUAUGGUUUCCUUUUUGUUUCACACUGUAAACUUUUCUGCUGUUUAAAUAAAUCCAGAGGUGUAGUUUCGAAGUAAAAUAUAUAUUUGA